AGCCAAUUUAAACAUUUUGUCCCACAGGUAGCUAGGCACGCAUUCUAGUUCUGAAGCUUAAUUUUAAGGUUUAAGCUUUUCUCCCUCUCAAUCACUGCAGUCCCCGAUCAAAAAUUCAAAAUGAAGUGGUUUGUCUGUAUUGGGCUGUUUGUACUUCUCACUUUGAGCAUACUAACUGAUGCCAACGUGAUCCGACAGUCAGACACUCACCAUGUGGAAAAACGAAGCCCCCCGUAUUGGCCUUACUCUACCAGUGAUUUCUGGAGAUAUGUGGAGUAUUUCCGAAGCAUUGGAGAUUAUGACAGAAUUCAGCAGCUGGCCCACAUUUUUUAUGCUCAUUUCCCUAUAGGGAACUAUAUGGGCUAUGACACACCGGAACAACAAGAAAUACAAACUGAGAUUGCAAAGGAGGCACAUGAGUAGAGAAGAAAUGCAAGGAAACCCAGUUGGUUUAACAAAAAAGUAAAUAGAAUAGUCAACUUCAUUAGAAUAAAAUUAUUUUAACAUAAUAAUCUGCCUUAUCUAUCUGUUGCCUCUAUGUAGUGUCACAAUUGUAUGAUUCUUUAUAUAUAAUCAUAUUACAGGAUUCCCCUGCAUUGUAUAAAGUGUUUUCUCAUAGAAUCUUUAUUUUAGCAAGAAAUUAUUUGUUUUAACUUUUGUGACAAAUUGGAUUUAUUUAAAUUUAUUGGAGUAUUGUAAUAAUUAUUCAAAAAGACUCGAUUUCUUGUCAAACAUUCAAUUUCUUCAAUUCAGAAUCAAUUAGCCAGUGCAUAGAUUGAUGUCUUUCUAAUUUGCUACAAUAAAAUAUACAUAUCUAAUGAAUGGGUGUAACAUUAUAUAUAUCUAAAUGUAAAUGGCAAUAUUACCUUUCAUCUCUUUCAAUUAAGGGAUAUUGCUCCUUUAGUUACAUAGUACUGUACUUAAUUUGCUGGUUAAGUGUAAAUUGUAUUCAGU